GGCUCGAGGGCACCCGCGGGGCCCUCCUGGGCGGGCUCUCGGCCCGCCCCCCGGCGGCGGCGCCGCGCCAUGGUCACUGCUGCGGCGGCAUUGGCUGGCGUCGCGUGCCUGGCCGCCGCCCUGGCCGCCACACCGCACGAUAAUGAAGCAUCGGUAUCAGGGAGGCUCGGCGCGGCAGUUCCGGCGAGCGCGCGCCAGACGGCGGGCGUGGACAUCCAUGUGAAGGCGGUUGAGGCUGGCGGCGGUCACCGCCAGAACUCGUCGGUGCUCGGCUUGCUGGAGAAGCAUUUGGGGCACUCGAGGCGUGCCGCCGCCGCAGCUUUCGUGCAGACGCGCAGAGCCUCGAGGCUGCGAGCGGGCGCAAGGGGGCGCUUGCACUCCGCGGACGUGGCGUCUGCGCACGCUCUCCUGAACGGAAUGGUGGAGCAAUUCGUGAUGAAGCUGGACAUGGAGCGGAUUGCCUGCGCCGAGCUCCAGGAAAAGCAGGCGACCAUGCUGGAGCUCGCGAGGCGCGACCUCGGUGAAUACAACACCCAGGGUGCACUGGCCCGUGCUCGGGUACUCGCUGCCCAGAUUGCCAUUUCGUCUGCCGAGGACAAGUUGCCGAAGCUCACUGAUACCCUGGCCUUGCAUGCAUCCAAGUGCCAGGACGAUACGAAAGCCCUCCACGAGCAGAUCAACCUCAUCCGCCAGGAUGCAUCGACGUUGAGCUCGGUGGUGGACAUGUCGUCCUGCACCACCUCCACGACGGCAUCCCUUCUUGCAUGUCGGCACCCGACGGGAGAAGUGUCCCUCAUCACUUUUAGCCGCCGUGUGAUCCGGCGCAAGCUGUCGCAGUUACGUACGGACACCGCCAAGCGCGCCCUGCACACGGCGCUGAAGGAGUCGCUGCGGGCACAAAGGAAAGCCCGCCCGCAGAGCUUGGCCCAUGGCUCGGGCUGGCGCCAACACCAACACCACCGCCACCACCACAGCCACGGUCGCGGCGGACACUCUGGCGGCAACCAGACGUUGCAGCUCUCGGCCCAGGCGACGUCUUGGGCGAGUUCCAAUAAUGCCACGAACCAGACGGAGCAUCCCAACGCGAGUGAGGUGCUCUGGGAUUGGCGGCGCAAUCAGGGGAAGUGCACGCUGCGGGAGCAGGCAGACUGCGGCACCCUACAGGACAAGCUCUUGCUGAUGCAGAUGGGUAUCAGCGAGAAGGUCGCCAGCAUGAAGGAGGACAUCAGCAUUUCGGGUAGCAUGUGCGACGUGGCCCAGCGAAAUUAUCGGGCGCAGAUCGACGAUCUCCAGAGGCGCCUCGAGGACCAGCAGGCUAGCCUUGCCGAGGCCACCAAGGUGGUUGUUGAAGCUCAGGAGCAGUCCCGCCUGAUGGCCCAGCAGCUGUCGCAGCUGCAGUCGGAGGCGAGGAGCUCGGGGGACAGGUGCGACGCCAGCCUGCAGGGGCAGGCGCGAGCUACUUCCAGGGUGGCGUAUCCACAACCGCUCCUGGGCACAGGGUGGACUUGGCCAAAGGCGGUGGCCAUCUCUAGGAACUCGACUCGCAGAUUUGCAACACGAAGACGGUGCGUCAGGAGCUCUACGAAGCUUCCUCUGGGACCGCCCCCUUCAUCCAGGACUGCGAGGUCUCCGGGUGGACUCCCGAGGACUGCACCGCGGAUUGCGGCGGGGGGGUGCAGAACGUGAGCCGCUCCGUGGUGGUGCCCCAGAGCGGUGGCGCGGCCUGCCCGCCGCUGAUGAUGCAGAGGCGCUGCAACGAGCAGCCCUGCCCAAUGGACUGCAAGCUCGACGACUGGGGCGGCUGGAGCGCCUGCAGUGCUGGCUGCGGCGGUGGCAUCACGGAGCGUGUGCGGGGCAUCCAGUCGCAGCCCAAGCACGGGGGCAAGCCUUGCGGGUCUACGUUUGAGAGCAAGAGUUGCAAUGCGGAGGCAUGUGACCCUGAUUGCGUGCUCUCCGAGUGGACAGGGUGGUCAGAGUGCUCCAAGCAGUGCGACGUGGGCUUCAAGGAGAGGGAGCGCACACUGCUGACGCCCGCAGGGGGCCAGGGAGGCUGCCCAGCCGAGGAUUCCCUCGACCGCCUUGAGUACAUGCACUGCAACACGCACGCGUGCGUACCUGCACACGGCGACAGUCUCAGGUGCAGCUGGUUGUGAUUGCCGUGAUGCCCAGUCAAGGCAAUAACAAAAUAAUACGUACAGAAUAUCGGAGGUACAUUCCGAACAGUUCAGUGAGUCAGCGCGAUGUUUGUUGCGACCGAUAAAUGUUUCCACGUUCGCAGUUCAUCCCCCAUCCGUGCAGAGCUUGGGCAUGCUUUCCUGAUGUGGGGGCCGAAGACAUCUGGGGAGCUUGAGACAGGGACUCGCAUUCGGCGCGUCUCGCCUUCGGCGGAAAGUGUCGGAAGUAAAACGUCGGUGAGUCUGCCGGCGGAAGUCGGCGGCGGAGGCAAAGUGAUACGUCAACAUGGUGUUAUUCAGGGUUUCUGACGUCGACCAUGUGAGGCCAUCUCUUCUUGCAGGUCUGGCGCUGUGGGCCUGCUCUCGCGACCGAGCCAGGGCUCGAAUGACAUCGCCAGGCCAGUUUCGGGCACGGGCUCAGGUAGUGCCAAUUUGCAGGAUUCUCCUCCGCGGCCGCCGCCUCAUCUAUACGUAGCACCCGGCAGUUGCGGAUAAGAGUGAGGGGGC